CUUGAUACUAAACAGAUAGGGGUGCUGGCCUUCCUAAAUGGUGGAGAAGAAGGAAGAACUCUUUAUAACGCAUUUGUCACCGGACAAGUUUGUUAUGAAGUUUACAAAAGACUUACAGUCUCUCAAGCUGAUGUUCUCAGGGUAGGUUUUGCUUUGUGUCAGUUCAAGGCCCAGGGAGGGUACUCCCAUACAUUACCUAUACGGGUAUGUGCCACCCAAUAGGCCUUUCCAGAUUCUGCUCCGAAAAAGCUAAAAAGUUGCUCACAAAUAUGCCAAAAAGUUGCUUGAAAGUUGCUCAAAAUUGAAAAAGUUGCUCAAAAAUUUUGUAAAGUUGCUCGAAUGUUUUUAAGACAGCAUGUCUAAUUUUAAUAUAAACAAUUGCUUUUUAAUCAACAUUGAGGUACAACUAAGUAACUAGUUACAACAAAUUAGGCAACCUUUAUUUGAAUCAAAGUAGCUAGUUACAAAAGGUUAGACAGUAAGUGUAACAAUCUGGCGUCCGCCAUUUUGUUUACACACAGUCCACAGGCUACCCCAACCUCGUUCCCGGGGCUUUUCCCUUCUCGUGGGGGGCGCCCCCCACUAGAAGGGAAAAGCCCUGGGAACGAGGUUGGGGCUACGUCCACAUGAUACCCAUUCAGAGGGUAAAAAUAUGAGUUUUACUAGAAAGAUGUUUAGAAUUUUAACCAAGAUGAGAAUUUUAACUUGUUUAUGUUAUAAAAAGGGGUUAUUCAGCAUUUUGGUUCAAAAUAGCCCAAAAAUUACCAAAGAAGUGCUAGUUUUCCGAAAAGUUGCUAGAAGUUGCUCUCUGACAAAAAAGUUGCUCAAAAUCCUAAAAGUUGCUAAAAAGUUGCCGAGCAGAAUCUGGAAAGGCCUACCGCCCAACGGGGUCGUGAUUUUGAAGCUCCUGAUUUAGAACGGGGUAUCCAUUUGAGAGGGGUUUUCUAGAACGGGGUAUAAUAUUUCGAACGCGCGAAAGCUCCAGUUUUGUAAGCAGCCAUUUGAAAUUAUUCAAGAACAGAUUGCUUUUAAAACUACGGUUCAAUGCGUUAGCAAGCAAACUGUUGUGCUCCUGUUGCACCCUGUGUUUUAGCGUGUAGGGCGGGCGUAUUUUGGCGCGAGCCGCGAGCGCUGACUCCGCUGUCUUGGAUAAACAGGACCAUUUCCAGAACGGGGUAUCAGUUUUAGGGCAAAUUCUAGAACGGGGUAUACAAAAAUUGGUCCAUUUCUAGAACGGGGCAUCACUUUUAGGGGUUUUUUUUAGAACGGGGUGCCAAUUUGGAGUCCCGGGCGGCACGUACCCACCCAAAAAAUACCCAAGUGCGCCCACAGGGUUCAAGGUUACAAUGUGGCUAGUUUAGCCAUACCUCUUGUAACCUCCGCCAAUGACACUGGCACUAAACAAAUCGAGCUGUAAAAAAGCAGGUAUCUACCUGUAAAGGAGAAGUGGAGUGUACAAAAUCAUUUGGUUGUUUUCAACUGACAUUAACACAGGAUGAAAAAAACAUUUUUUAACCCUUUAAACCCUAAGAGUGAUCAACAUCAAAUUUUUCCUUGUAAUAUCAAUGCUUUGUAAGACAGAGUGCUCAUGAGAAUUACGAACAUGAUCACAGAAGAUGAAUUUGCUUGAUAUUUUAUCAACUUCUCCCCACUUCGUCUGUAGGAAAUGAAUAGGGGCAACAAAUGCGAAUUCAAAUUUUGAUUUAAAGGGUUGAUAGGGUACAAACAUGACGUAUUUCUUUGACAAACAUUUGAAGGCGGCAAUUCAUUAGAGCAAGUAUUUUUAGAACACAAGAAGAAACUCUGCGGUUAUAAUUUACAGGUACCUGAAAAAGAAUUCUUAAAAGCAUUUACAGUGUAUGCUGUUUCUAAAUAAGGGAAACAAAGAAAGAACUGUUUCUUGCAAUUAAGAAAAAUUUUCUUUGAAAACCAACCAACUAUAAGCUACGGUCAGCAGUGGUUAAAACGUGCACUUUUUCCAUUUGGCAUAUGGUACAUGCAUGUUAGUAAUAACCCAAUCAAUAUUGCUUACUUCAGAUGAGCCAAAAUCUGAAGAUCUCAAUCUUCCACUUCAAGAGUGGCUUUUGACUUUUGGAAUGAUUUUCAUUUAUCCUUGCUGAGUAAGGAAAGUCAUUACUUAAUUAUACCAGGAAUGAGCAGGACACACCAAGUAAUUUGAGCAAAAACAUGACAACAACUUCUACCUUUGGCUCAAACUUCAAAGCAGUGUUUGUACCCAAUAGGAACAUGUUUUUCUGCCGUCUGUCCAUGCACAAAUUAAAACUAUUGUAUUCACUGUAUAGGCCUCCACUAGUUUGCUCUUUUUCUAGUUGUUACCUUCAUCUAUGGGCCUUGAGUAAUUUGAGGACAAUUUGCUCUUACUUUUAGGCUGAAACUAUAAUGCGUAUCAGCGACUAUGUGAAGAAUCAUCCAAGAGCCACUGAAGCACAGUUAAAAAGUGAAGUGGAAAAAGAAAUCAAGCUCUUUGCACAGAAGGUUGCUCAGCUUGAAGGAACUGGACAAGGAUAA